UGCAGUAAGUAUGCGUAGGCCCGUAGGCCGUUAAUGUCAUCUUAAUUUAUUUACAAACAAAGUUAUACAAAUUACUAUUAAUAUUUAAUAUCAGUAUAUUGCGUUGUAGUUUUGUUAUUCUCAUUAUUACUAACUUAUACUAAGAAUAAUACGAUUUUGGUCACUUAACUCGUGCAACAUAACUGAAGAAAUACAAAAUGAAUACAAACACCCCAAAUAACCUCAAAGUUGACGUACUGCAUUCUUUUUUUAGUGCGGGCCCUGUUAGUGUUGAUGAAAUCGAAAUAAAUUUGUAUUUGGGGAAUCUUUCAGCAGCAACAGACAUAAAUAAUCUCAAAAGAUUGAAUAUAAAUCGUAUUUUGUCAAUAGACAGUUGUCCAUUGCCUCGAAAAAUUUUGGAAUUAAAAUCUAUCACAAACAUGUUUAUUCAACUGUCGGAUUUACCAAAGGAAGAUCUCUUAAGUCGUUUAGAUGAUACCUAUGCGUUUAUAUGUGAAGGAUUACAGAGUGGAGCAGUUCUGGUACAUUGUUUUUAUGGAGUUUCUCGCAGUGCAACUGUGGUUAUAGCUUAUUUAAUGAAAAAGUACCAAUUGGCAUAUGGAGAGGCAUUUGAAAAAGUAAAAAUGAAGCGCUCUAUUGUUUUCCCAAACCAAGGAUUUAUUUCUCAACUAAUGUUGUAUAAAGAUAUGGGAUAUAAAGUGGAUAAAGAGCAUCAAAAGUACAAGGUUUAUCGCCUUAGAAUGGCAGCAGAGAAAGUAAAAAAGGUAAAAAUUCUCCCACAGGACUUCUUUGACCUGAUAAAACCUGAUCCUGGUUUGACCAGGAUUCAACCUGAGCCAAAUGUGUACCAAUGCAAGAAGUGCCGUAGAAUAAUUGCCUCAGCUUCAAAUUUGCUUAAACAUCCAAGUAAGGAAUCUAAAGGAAGCUUUUGCACAAAAACAUACUUUUUGGAACCCUUGUCAUGGAUGCAGGGUAUUACUCAAACAACACAAGGCAAACUGCAUUGUCCAAAGUGUGGAACUAAAUUAGGAUCAUUUAGCUGGAUUAUGGGGUGUCAGUGUCCCUGUGGAUGCCAGGUUGCACCAGCGUUUUAUCUCACUCCUUCUAAGAUUGACUGGACCGACGUUGUAAAAAAUAUAGAAGUAACAAUUUAAGACAAUAUUAUCUGCAAAUAAAUUCUUAAUUAUUCAUUAAUAUUAGGAUUUUUCUGUGAUGAAUGUUAAAUUAUUACGUUAUUAAUCUUCUUAACAUUGUUCAAUAAGUACAUGUUCUUUUAAUUAAAUGAAUUAGGGGCCAGUUGUGUAAAUAGCUAUUCUACACUGUGUAGUAUUGUAAUAUAUCUCCUGCCUAUUAUGAUACUGAUGUUACUUUGCCUUUUCAUUCUAACGUAAGUUCCUCAUGUACCUGUUAGAAAAGAACACAGUUUUUAUUAAUCUUUUCUUAUUGUUAGGUGAAAUAUAAUUUCUAGUCUUAGUAUUUACCUAACUUAUUAAAAUAUGCAAUAAUAAAAAGUAUUAAAAAUAGUA